CAAUGUUCCAAGUAACGUUAUUGCUAGCACUUGUGAGUUUUGUACUCGGCGAUUUCGACGCCGACCUCCACGACAAAUAUAUGACAAUGUCUAGGGAAGAAUUUAUAGAAUACUUUAAUAGUCAAAAUUACAACUUCAAAAUUGGAUCUGCCCCAGAAUUACACGAGUCAAGUACCUCUUGCGUUUAUAUGGACGAAGAGACCUUCAACAAUCUUCCAAGAAUAUAUCACAGCCCCGCAGUUAUCGCAGCUGCACCAGAAAGCUUUGAUGCGAGACAGCAAUGGCCUAGUUGUGGAAGCAUAAGCGAAGUAUACAAUCAAGGUGCUUGUGGAUCCUGCUGGACCUUCGGAACAGCUACUGUUGCAUCAGACAGAACAUGCAUUGGCUUAGGCGUUGAUGUUCGCUUAUCGGAACAGGAUUUUGAAUGCUUAACCAAAGAUGUUUGUAAAGGUUACUAUCCACAAGAGGCCUUUAAUUUUGGACCACCCAAGGGCUGGUUACUCAAGAAUGUAAGCCGUACGACAUUGAUAAACUCAAGUACAAUCAAACAUGUACAAGAACUUGUGUUGACGGAAGUUCUUAUGAAAGUAACAAACAUUAUGGUGCCUCAGUUUACUCUGUGGCUAGUGAUGAUGGCCAAAUAAUCGCAGAAUUAUUCCAAAAUGGGCCAAUAGAAGCCGUAUUUACUGUUUUUGAUGAUUUUCGGAAUUAUAAAUCUGGUGUUUAUGAACACAUGUAUGG